AUGGCCUUGCGCGCCGCCGAGUGGCACAGGCUGCCGACGAGCCUCACCGAGCUGUGCAUUGACACCACCCUGCGAUGCGGCCAGUCUUUCCGAUGGCGCAAGUCGGCCGAAAACGAGUGGUCAAUGGCCCUCCAUGGUCGCAUCCUCUCUCUCCGCCAGGACGCCCAGCAUCUACACUAUCGAGCCACAUAUCCAUCCGUUGCCGCGGCAUUGCCCACUCCGCCGCCGUCCAAUGCGCCCUCAGUCGCCCCUGAAGAUGACGACACGCUUGCGCUCGUCAAGCACUACUUGAAUCUCGCCCCCAAUCUUGGCCGCCUAUACGAGCAAUGGGCCGCCUCGGACGCCAACUUCAAGAAGCGCGCACCCAAAUUCACCGGCAUACGGAUAUUGCGACAAGAUGCCUGGGAGGCGCUCAUUGGCUUCAUAUGUAGUAGCAACAACAACAUCAGCCGCAUAUCGGGCAUGGUACAGAAUCUCUGCCUCCACUAUGGUCCCUUGAUCGGGCACAUUGAUGAUAUUCCCUACUACGACUUUCCCACGCCAGCCGCCCUCUGUGGCCCCGAUGUUGAGGCGCAUUUGAUGAAACUUGGUUUUGGAUACAGGGCGAAAUACAUCGCCAAGACUGCGCGCAUCAUCUCAGAGGAAAAGGGAUUAAAGUGGCUGGACGACCUGAGCAACCCAGAAUAUCCCCAGUUUGGUGUCCAGGAGAAGCCAGCUGGGCAUAUGCUCGCUGAUGGGCGAAAGGGGUACCGGAAAGCGCACGAUGAGCUACUGGCACUUCAUGGCGUAGGUCCCAAGGUAGCAGACUGUGUAUGUCUCUUUGGUCUUGGCUGGUCCGAGUCCGUCCCGGUCGAUACACAUGUCUGGCAGAUUGCACAGCGCGACUACCGUUUCGGCAAAGGCAAACACAGCAGCUUAACCGCGGCAACAUAUGUUGCUAUAGGAAACCUAUUCCGCAAACUAUGGGGCAAAGAAGCAGGCUGGGCUCAUUCCGUACUAUUUACUGCAGAUCUAAGGGCAUUUUCAGAGCGAGUAGUAGCCAAGGUCGAAGUUAAAGAAAAAGAGGUUGUAAUCAAGAAGGAGGAAGACGAGACAGCCGUGGAAUCAACUAUCAAAAAAGAAGAGGACGAGAAAGUUGGUGAGACAAUCAUCAAAAAAGAGACGGCAAAAAGAAAGCGCGUAAAGAAAGAACCUCUAGACGACCAGCCAGCCGUAAAAGCCAAGCAGGAGCCUACGCGGAGAAGCAAGCGCCAACGCAUAUAAUCAACCAAUCUGAGAUACCCAAAUAAACACGUUUUCCAGCAAUUCAUCCGAACAUGGCUACUUGUUUAUAGUAUCACGUCUUUGAGUACACCGAUAGUACGCUUUUCAUCCCGAACAAAGACAGAUGCAGUUAACAAUACAACUUCUCUCUUGCCGGACAACCAUGAUUCUAACCACAAGGACAAGUAGCUUCGACACACUUAUAUCGUCCAUCCCUUCAACCCCAAAAC